CUGAUGAUGGACGGACCUGCAUUGAUAUCAACGAGUGUGAACUAUGGACCGGAGGCGAUACCGAGUUAUGCAUGGGAACAUGCAUAAACACUAAUGGUUCAUAUCUCUGUACCUGUCCACCUGGGUACAAAAUUCAACCGGAUGGCCGAACAUGUGUCGGUGGUGUGUUUGUCGCACUAACGU